CGCCGCCGGACGGCUCGGGGGCUCUGCCUGGAAGUCCCUGAUAUCCAGGAACUGGAAGUGGAAAUAUGAGCUCACCUUUGGCCUCCCUUGGCAAGACCCGGAAGGCCCCACUGCAAUCAGAGCCUUUCGGUUCAUGGAUUCCCAGGAGACGAAGCCUUAAAAUUUAUGGUGCUGAAGAUGAGGUGAGCACACGGAAUGACUCAGAAGAAGACAUCUCUUUCCCUCCCUGCUAUGGUGUGUUAGAUGCCUCUGUAAGUAGGCAAGUCCCUAUGGAUCAGAACUCGGAGGUGAUGAAGAAUUUGCACGACGUGGAACAGAGGCUGAAAAUCCAGACUGAUGAGCUGUUGAGCAAGGACCAGAAGAUAAAAGCCCUGGAGGAGUUAGUGGAGAACCUUCAGGGGCAGCUGGGUGCAGCCACCUCCAGGCAGCAGGAGCUGGAAACCAUGUGUGGGCAGCUGCAGCAGCAGGUGGCAGAGAUGGAGCGAUUCCUUGCUGACUAUGGCCUGCUAUGGGUAGGUGAAUCCACAGACCAGGAGGACUCAGAGGAAAAUGAGAGAGACUGGAUGACAAACAUGAAGUUCUGGAAGCCAGGGGACUCACUGGCGCCCCCAGAGGUGGACUUUGACAGGCUGCUGGCCAGUCUGAAGGAUCUCAGUGAGCUGGUGGUGGAAGGUGAAACGCAGGUGGUGCCAGUGGCUGGUGGGGCACGAUUCCAAACCCUCGAACCCAUCCCCCUGAAGCUCUACCGGAAUGGCCUCAUCAUGUUUGAUGGCCCCUUCCGGCCCUUCUUUGAACCAGCCACACAGCGUUGUCUCCGAGACAUACUGGAUGGCUUCUUUCCCUCUGAGCUCCAGCGCCUGUACCCCAAUGGGGUCCCCUUUAAGGUGAGUGACCUGCGCAAUCAGAUCUACCUAGAGGAUGGGCUGGACCCAUUUCCAGGUGAGGGCCGUGUGGUGGGCCAGCAGAAGAUUCACCACGUUAUGGACAGGACAAAGGACACAGAUUUCAGGCUGACCCCUGAGAAGUUUCUGAACAGGCUUCCCAAAUUUGUGAUCCGGCAAGGCGAGGUAGUUGACAUCAGAGGUGCCAUCCGGGACACUCUCCAGAACUACUACUCCUUGCCUGCCCCGAUCCCAGAGAUCAUAGUGGAGACUCCUGCCUUGGUUGCUGAGCGUGAGAGAAGCCAAAAGUCACCAGAAUCAUCGCCACCCCUGCUCUCCUUGCUGCGUAUCAAGUCCGAGGACGGUGAACAGGCCUUUCGGCUGAUGAUGCAGCCACAGGACACAAUUGGAGAUGUGCAUUCCCUGCUGGCAAAGGCCAGGAACAAGGACGCUGGAACCUUUGAGAUCUUCAGCACAUUCCCACCUGUGGUGUACAAGGACCAUUCGGUUACACUGCAGGAUGCAGGUCUAGUGCCUAACGCUGCACUGCUGCUGCGGCCUCCCCGGGCCCACCCACCAACCCCCUACCUCAGCUCCUAAUAAAGCGCCCGCCCCCA